CGCUUCGCCUCGCCACUCACAUCCCUCUCCUCCUCUCUUUCCGUGAUCCGCCUCAACCCGCUUCCUCUGUUGCUGUUGCGGGUGUAUUAUUAUAGAGUGCCUGCCAGCCAGAAUUCGAUCCGUCGAACGAACGGUGUAGUAAAGGGAAGGGAUUUGGGUGAGAUUCGGUGAGAUAGCGAUGGCGACGAGGUUGGAUCUCGACGGAAACCCCAUCAAGCCGAUGACCAUCUGCAUGAUUGGGGCCGGGGGGUUCAUCGGCUCCCACCUCUGCGAGAAGCUCAUGGCCGAGACCCCCCACACGGUGCUCGCCGUCGACGUCUACAAUGACAAGAUCAAACACCUCCUUGACCCCCUGCCGCAGGAGCAGCACGGUGGCCGCCACCCCUGGGAUGGCCGGAUCCAGUUCCACCGCCUCAACAUCAAGAACGACUCCCGCCUUGAAGGCCUGAUCAAGAUGUCCGAUCUGACUAUCAAUCUGGCGGCAAUCUGCACGCCGGCGGACUACAACACCCGCCCUCUCGAUACCAUAUACAGUAAUUUCAUCGACGCCCUUCCGGUGGUUAAGUAUUGCUCGGAGAAUGGCAAGCGGCUUAUUCACUUCUCGACUUGUGAGGUGUAUGGGAAGACGAUUGGGUCCUUCCUCCCGAAGGACAACCCGCUGCGACAGGAUCCAAAUUUUUAUGUGCUGAAAGAAGAUGCCUCCCCAUGCAUUUUUGGUCCUAUUGAGAAACAGAGAUGGUCUUAUGCAUGUGCAAAGCAACUCAUUGAAAGGCUAAUAUAUGCUGAAGGUGCAGAAAAUGGACUUGAGUUUACCAUUGUAAGACCUUUCAAUUGGAUUGGACCAAGGAUGGAUUUUAUACCUGGAAUUGAUGGUCCAAGUGAGGGUGUUCCUAGGGUUCUAGCAUGUUUUAGUAACAACCUUUUACGUGGUGAGCCUCUUAAGCUUGUUGAUGGUGGCCAGUCCCAAAGAACUUUUGUGUACAUCAAGGAUGCCAUUGAAGCUGUUCUCUUAAUGAUUGAAAAUCCUAAUCGAGCAAAUGGUCAGAUCUUUAAUGUGGGGAAUCCUAAUAAUGAGGUUACUGUAAGGCAACUUGCUGAAAUGAUGACAGAGGUGUAUGCGAAAGUGUCAGGAGAGCCACCACUUGUGCAGCCAACAAUCGAUGUAAGCUCUAAGGAAUUUUAUGGUGAAGGUUAUGAUGACAGUGAUAAGCGCAUUCCAGAUAUGACUAUAAUCAACAAGCAACUUGGUUGGAACCCGAAGACUCCUCUGUGGGAUCUGCUGGAGUCGACGUUGACUUACCAGCACCGAACAUAUGCAGAAGCCAUCAAGAGGGCAAUUGCAAAACCCAUUGCAUCCAAUUAAGAUCAGGGAACUUGGUUCAGUUGUCCCAAAAUUGGUUCUGAUUAUGCAUCCUUUGGGUGCACUUAUGAUAUUCUUUUAUAAGUGCUCAUAUGCAUUUAGGUUUCUUUGGCGUUUUUUUUCCUGGUGUUAGGUGAUGAAGUAUUAUUACCUCGAUUCCUUAUCUCUAUUCAUAGUGCAAAGACAAGAUGAUCUGAUUUUCUGUACUGCUGCCAUCAUUUAUUCCACUCUUGUUUAGCUCCAUGUUUUAUGUGUAUGUAGGUUACGAAAUUGUAUACAAUAUCCAUCAAUUGCUUCUGGUUUGUUUACAAUCCAGUAAUGAUACCCUAGAAAAAAUAACAAAAUUGAUUA